UCUUGUUCCCGGUCAUUAUUGGGGGCGACUUCCAUUUCUUCCAUCCUUUUUUCGCCAUUGUCACCACGGAUUGUCCUUGAAAAAAUAUCUUUGUCCUCCUUCCACGCUAUCCUUAUCCGCUCCAAUUGGUCGUCUUCGAAUCAUUACUAACUCCGACUCCGAUAACGCGCUAUGAACUAAGAUAAAACUUUACCGCUGUUUAUUCGAUUUAUAUACAAUUUAGUACAAUUGAGACAGGAUGAGUGGGAUAUUAGGCCGGAUCCAAGCGAUCCAGGAAUCGCUGUCGGACGAUGCCCUCCUUCCCCUGAAGAGUUACAAGUACUCUAGUGUGGACAAGUCGUUCAUCUCGAAUUAUAUUCUAAGACACUACUGGAAUGCAUUUGUCGAGCUUGUGCCCCUCUGGAUGGCCCCGAACAUGGUCACUCUGAUAGGCUUUAUGUUCAUUGUUGGCAAUGUGUUUCUCAUACAAAUCUUCGUGCCCGAUCUUGUGGGACCGGGACCUGCUUGGAUUUACUUCAGUUUCGCCCUUGGCAUGUGGAUGUAUUCUACCUUGGAUAACGUCGACGGCAAGCAGGCGCGGAGGACCGGGACCUCCAGCGGUCUUGGAGAACUUUUCGAUCACGGCAUCGACUCUUUGAAUUGCACCCUCGGCGCCCUACUUUCAACUGCAGCAAUGGGUCUGGGUUCCACUUCGCUUGGAGCCUACACUGCCAUCGUUCCGUGCCUUGCGAUGUAUUUCUCGACUUGGGAGACCUAUCACACCCAUACUCUCUGGCUCGGAUAUAUCAACGCACCGACCGAAGGACUUCUGGUCGCAAUCGCAUUGAUGAUUGUGUCCGGUGUUUGCGGGCCCGAGGUGUGGGCCCGGCCGAUUACCGAUUUCCUCGACUGGGGAAUUUUCGGGACCAGCUCCGUUAAGGAUCUUUGGGUUCCAAUCCUCGUUGGGUCGUUCAUCUUUGGACAUAUGCCCGGGUGUAUCUCCAACGUGGUCAACACCCGCCGAAACCAAGGUCUUCCCGUGGCGCCGGUCUUCAAGGAGUGGAUCCCAAUCGGAGUCUUCACCUGCAGCAACUUCGCUUGGUUGUUUUCCCCUUACUCGACUCUCCUCAGCGAAAACCAUAUCAUCCUGUAUAGCUGGAUGAUCGCCUUCGUGUUCGGACGGAUGACCACCAUGAUCAUCCUUGCUCAUCUGCUGAAACAGCCAUUCCCCCACUGGACCGUGCUGCAGAUUCCCGUUGUUCUGGGUGCUGUGCUCGUCAAUCUGCCGGUCUUGGGCUUUCCCGCGCUCGGUGCAUCGCUCGAGCUCAUGUACCUGUGGAUCGUCUGCAUCGUGGUCUUCAUCGCCUACAUGUUCUGGGCCGUGCUGAUCAUCAACCGCAUCACCACCUUCCUGGGGAUCAACUGUCUGACCAUCCGCAAAGACAGAUCUGCCGUACGUGACCGAGAUUACUUUGAACUCGCGGAAACAGCCCCGGAAACGCCCAGUCUGCUAACCGAUCCCAACAAGCAGAACUAGACCUCGGGCUGGCUUUCAUCACGAAUGUAGGAGGACGAAUCAAGGGCUCGCUAGUGGGCUCAUCACUUUGAACAUAUGUAUAACAGUCCUCCAACGGGGAGGAUUUUGCAACCGGGAUACGAUGGAGGAAGUCAGGAGCCUGCUUGUCACCGACUUCAUUGGCAUGCCGUCCACCUACAAAUCAGUCCCGGUCUGAUUGACGAGAUAACGACUUGGUUGAUGGUUCAUGCGCUUUGCGCUAGACGACAUCUUGUCGCAGUAUAUAGACGAUUAAUAUUUGUAGCAUUGGCGAGGAUCGAUAGAGUUUGUACAUGCAUUUAGAAUGAGAUUGAUC